AUGAAGUCUGGUUGCGUCAAGCGAGCUAUCGUGUCUGCCGGUGGACCCAAGAUAUCCUGUGAGUUUCAGGGGUAUGAUAUCAGAGUGAGAGUCCUGCCGGCGAAGAAACGAUCGUUGGCGACAGAUGCUCCGCCACCGGUCAAGCGUGAGAUGAUUAAGCGCCAGAUGGUCACUGCCACACCUGAACUUCUAAGCCGGGCUUCAUACCCAACUUAUACCUAUACAACGACUCCCCCAACUUUGGAGUCUACUGUGAAGUCGACGUACACGACACAAAUUGUGUUGAAUUCAUUCACAGGGUGGCCAACCGAGCCAACCAGCACACCGAAUCCCUCAACCGAUGGUCGCUGUGGCCCUGAUUUUGGAGGAACCACCUGUGAAGGCACAUCCUAUAGCGAUUGCUGUUCCAUCUAUGGAUGGUGUGGCUCAGAAUCCUCUUCCUGUGGCCAUCUGAUUUGCGACCCUGAGCAUGACACAUGCGACCCAGUCCCCGAAGAACCACCAGUCUCGCAAAAUGGCGCCUGCGGUCCCCCGAGCUUCAUCGGCGCAACCUUUGCUGGUUCGACGUUUGGUGAUGGCUGA